AUGACCUCCAUUAUCGAACCAUGGGCCAUACUUCGUGCAUCUACCACAUACACUAGUAGUGUCAUCGCCGUUCUUGGAAUUGGUAUGCAGACGUUCAUGGUGGUAUACGGCCUAUCCACUUGGGGGCAAUCGAAAAGCACGGAGGAGAAGAAACAUCGCGGGCGCUAUGUGAUCGCUGCCUACGUGAUCUUCGUCCUUUCCGGCAUCCCUACCUGCCUUGAUUUGUUCAGUCAAUUCCGUACGCUGUACUAUUCAGGCCCCGGGGCGGACUACAUUAGACUGGCGAAGGACUGGGAUAACCGAUGGCCGAGGAAAUUGGGAUACGUGCUGACUUGUAUUUACGUGCUUCUCGGGCAUGCAUACAUGAUAUUCCGAUCCUACCUCCUCUGGAUAGAUGCUGAUAUCAGAAAGGUCCUCCUUGUUCCCGCUGUUCUUUACGCGGCCUUCACAGCUACUUCACUUGCAUGCAUUUCCCACGUAGCGGGCGGGAUUAACAAAUCCACUUUAGCGCUGGCACAGCUAUUCACCGUCUUCACCAUUUUUUCUGUCUUCUUGAACAUCGCCACUUCGGUUUUGAUCAUCCACCGCCUCAUCCCUGCUUGGAGGAAGUUUCGGGUCACAGAGAUAGGUCGCAACGUUGCCCCAAUUAGGGGAGUCGCAGGCAUCUUCAUCGAAUCGGGUCUUGCCCUGGCCCUCUGCGGCUCGGUGUCGGCGGUCGUGGCGAUCAUAAGCCUAGUCAAGCACACCUCGCCAUUGACUCCCCCUGAUAGGAUUGAGGUUAUCUCGACCUUGAGCCAGAGGGCAACCAUUAUGACCCGAGUCGUCGAUUCCUUGUAUGUGACCAUGAUUGCGGUGAUACCGCAGAUGAUUAAUUUCCGUAUCAUGAUGGGCGAAUCCUUCUUGAAGCUCGAAGACAUUGACAAACGUGGUCAAGACACCUUUGGAGGACCACCGAAGAGGCUUCCCAAGGCCCGUGUCACUCAGCUUCAGCUAACAAAGCCCAAACCGCCUAUCGCCUUCAACAAAUCCGACUCGAGUUCCGACUCUGCGUCGUCCAUCGGCGUCCCCACUCCGCCUCAUGCUCAAAGCAACUUCGGGGACACAACAGAGAAGAAGCGCCCAGAAGGGGGCCCUAAUUCAGAGCAACCCGUCGUAAACCUCGUGAACGAAAAAUCCGGGGCCACAUAA